AUGUUUAUUCAUUUGUUUAUUAUCUUUCUUAUUUUGUUUUAUUAUUUCAUUAGUCUUUCAUCCAGUUUUUCCUUCUCGUUUUCUUUUGUCCUUUCUUUCUUUCAUCUAUUUUUUUUCUUUUCUUGUUUUCUUCUUCUUGUUAUCUUCUUUCAAUCAUUUUUUCCUUUUCUCGUUUUCUUUUUAUUCUCUUCCUCUUUCGUUCAUUUUUUUCAUUCUUUUCUCUUUUCCUUUUAUUAUCUUCUUCUUUCUUUCGUUUUUUUUCUUUCUUUUUCCUUCUCUAUUACGGCCUUCUUUAAUUAUUUUAUCUUCUUUCUGUUAUCGUCUUUUUAUUACGCUUUUCUUUCAUCCAUUUUUUAUUUCUUAUCUUAUUUCUUCUCUUCUUCUUUUAUUCAUUUUUCUUUCGUUUCCUGUUUUCUUCUUAUUGAAAUCUUAUUUCAGUCAUUUUUCCUUUUCUUGUUUUCUUUUCAUUCUCUUCCUCUUUCGUUCAUUUUUUCAUUCUUUUCUCGUCUUCUUUUUAUGACAUCUUUCUUUAAUUCAUACUUUUUCUUUUAUUUACUCUUUCUUUCCUCGUCCUUUUGUAUCAAAAUUAAAUUGAAAAAGAAAGUCUUUUUCUUUAACGGGUAG